AUGAAUAGUACUUUGGUACAGGCGCUUUCGUCUUCGAAAAUUGAAAUGAGUUUGUGUUUUGAUGUAAUUUUGAUGUACAUUGCAAUCGUUCAACUUAAACAAUCGUCGCGUGAUUUGUCAUCUAUUUUGAUAUUUUUGUUUUUGUUGUCUGUUUGUCUCUUUGUUAGUUACGUUGAGAUAAAAAUAGAAGGAGCCCUUGGAAUGAUAUUUUGUAUGUGUUCUUGGUAUACACUGUGCGUGUGCUGUAUUCCUAUUUACGAUGACGAUGUUGUUUAUUUUCUAUCAGAAAAAGUGUUUUUCUUUACAAAAUCAAAAUUUCUUUCAUUUAUUAUUUCACUUUUUGAAGUGGCUUUAAGAUAUAAAAACGGUGUCAUAAAUAUGUGGAUUUUCGGUUUUAUAGUUUGUAUAAUUGUGUUUGUAUCGUCAUUUUUUGUUCUUCAUAUUGCGUUAUUGGUGUUUUAUUUUGUAAAUUUUAGGGACCAUCCUUUCCGACCGUCACCCCGUUUACAAAAAUGA